AUGCAUAAACGCAAAAGGGUCCACUUCAACGACAUUGUUGAGUCCACUCCACGGCAGGGGCAAGUCCAGGAGGGCGAGGUAUUAUUACCGCAAUCCCCACGGCAAAGCAGACACGGUAGUAGCAACCCAUCUUCUCAGCAAAAAUCAACAUUCCGUCAAGUUCCCCGAAUGCCCUUACCAGCGUUGAUUAGGGAGUACAAGAGCCUCAGUAUCGCUAAACAAAAAACACAUAUUACAACUUAUAUUAUAAGUAUAGCAGCUAUAGCUGAUAUUCUUCUUUGUUUAGAUUAUGACUGGUCUAUAAUCAGUGAGGAGGUUGAGAAGACCUUAAGAAAUCGUGAUUCGUCUGGGUCGACCAACGACCCAAUAAGCACAACAAAGCACACGACCGAACAGGAAAGUGAAGAGCAACAAAGAAGUGAGCAGCCAUUUCUUCAUGGAUCCGACGACAUCACCGCUAGUGCCGGGGCAAUCAUAGAUAGCGACUCGCACAGAACAAGCAAUAUUCAAUCGAAAGAGACGGAGCCGGUCGCAGCCGACAGGAGAAAGAUAUUACCAUCCCGAGUUAGUUCUGGUAAGACAGAACCUCAACAGCAAUAUGCAGCGGGCGUGAAACUAAAGAAGGCACCCCGGACUCUUGAAGGUCUCAAAAGACAGAUCAACGAGAAAAAUUCUUCGACAAUAAGGAAUGAGAUGCAAGACCAGUGGAAUAGGUUUACUUCUGCUGGUAUAGGACUGAUUGACCCAUCAAGUCCACGCCUUAGGGAAGAAGACUGUUACCAAAUUGGAGAGUUAUUAUUUUGCCGUAUGUUUGGGGGUAAGAUCAAAGAUCAGUUGUAUGACUUGUUGGUGGAGUGUAACUACUCUACUGGCAAGCCUGCAGUUGAACGGCGAUUUCAGACAAAGCAACUGGCAAGCGACCUGCGACAGCAUAAUGCGGAAGAGCUUGCUAGGUUUGCGGAGGCCUGGGGUCGGGUUGACGGGGAGAGUCUUGGUUUGCAGGCAGCGGCUGCCAAGCUACAUUUGUACGCAAAGCAGUUCGAAGUUUGGGACCAGUGGCAGACUGUUAGACGACUCUACCAAGGAGACAUGCAGAAGGCUUUAGAAAUGAAGGCUUUCCUUGGAGAUCAAGGCAUUCGGCUACGCCAGGGACAAGGUGUAGAUACUGGGGUUGCUAUGUAUCUUGCUCGAGGUCUUGGUUUUACAAAGGAGAAGAGAUUGAAGGAUAUGAUUUACGACUAUACUAUUAUUAGAGUUCUGGUGGAAAGGCUAGGAAUAGGAGUUCUGGUGUUUAUACCAAGUACUAUUAGCUCUUGGUAG